AUGCCUCAGCCUAGUGUAAGCGGAAUGGAUCCGCCUUUUGGGGAUGCCUUUCGAAGCCACACCUUUUCAGAACAGACUCUGAUGAGCACAGAUCUCUUAGCAAACAGUUCAGAUCCAGAUUUCAUGUAUGAACUGGAUAGAGAAAUGAACUACCAACAGAAUCCUAGAGACAGUUUCCUUUCUCUGGAGGACUGCAAAGACAUUGAAAACUUGGAGUCUUUCACAGAUAUCCUGGAUAAUGAGGGUGCUUUAACCUCAAACUGGGAACAGUGGGAUACAUACUGUGAAGACUUAACGAAGUACACCAAACUGACCAGCUGCGACAUCUGGGGAACAAAAGAAGUGGACUACUUGGGUCUCGAUGAUUUUUCUAGCCCUUAUCAAGAUGAGGAGGUCAUCAGUAAAACUCCAACUUUGGCCCAACUUAAUAGUGAGGACUCGCAGUCCGUUUCUGAUUCCCUUUAUUACCCUGAUUCACUUUUCAGUGUCAAACAAAAUCCUUUGCCCUCUUCAUUCCCUGGUAAAAAGAUCACGAGCAGAGCAGCUGCCCCUGUAUGUUCUUCUAAGACUCUUCAGGCUGAAGUCCCUUUGUCAGACUGUGUCCAAAAAGCAAGUAAACCCACUUCAAGCACACAAAUCAUGGUGAAGACCAACAUGUAUCACAAUGAAAAACAGAACUUUCAUGUUGAAUGUAAAGACUAUGUAAAAAAGGCAAAGGUAAAAAUCAACCCAGUGCAGCAGACUCGGCCCUUACUGAGCCAGAUCCAUACUGAUGCAGCAAAAGAGAACACCUGCUACUGUGGUGCUGUCACAAAGAGACAAGAGAAAAAAGGGAUGGGGCCUCUGCAGGGUCAUGCCACUCCCGCUUUGCCUUUUAAAGAAACCCAGGAACUAUUACUCAGUCCCUUGCCUCAGGAUGGUCCUGGGUCCGUUGCUACAGGAGAAAGCAGCAGCCUUUCUGCCAGCACAUUGGUCUCAGAUUCAUCCCAGAAAAAAGAAGAGCACAAUUAUUCCCUGUUUGUCUCAGACAGUGUGGGUGAGCAACCAACCAAAUGCAGCCCUGACGAGGACGAGGAGGAUGAGGAAGACAUUGAUGAUGAGGACCAUGAUGAAGGGUUUGGCAGUGAACAUGAACUGUCUGAAAACGAGGAGGAGGAAGAGGAAGAAGAGGAUUAUGAAGAUGACAAGGAUGAUGAUAUUAGUGACACAUUCUCUGAACCAGGCUAUGAAAAUGAUUCCGUGGAAGACUUAAAGGAGAUGACUUCAAUAUCCUCUCGGAAGAGAGGCAAAAGAAGGUACUUCUGGGAAUAUAGUGAACAACUUACACCAUCACUGCAAGAGAGGAUGCUGAGGCCAUCUGAAUGGAAUCGGGAAACUUUACCAAGUAAUAUGUAUCAGAAAAAUGGCUUGCAUCAUGGAAAAUAUGCAGUAAAGAAGUCACGGAGAACUGAUGUAGAAGAUCUGACUCCAAAUCCCAAAAAACUACUUCAGAUAGGCAAUGAACUGCGGAAACUGAACAAGGUGAUUAGUGAUUUGACGCCAGUCAGUGAGCUUCCCUUAACAGCGCGGCCACGGUCAAGGAAGGAAAAAAAUAAGCUGGCUUCCAGGGCUUGUAGGUUAAAGAAAAAAGCCCAGUAUGAAGCUAACAAAGUGAAAUUAUGGGGCCUCAACACAGAAUAUGAUAAUUUAUUGUUUGUAAUAAACUCUAUAAAGCAGGAAAUUGUAAACCGAGUACAGAAUCCGAGGGAAGAGAGAGGACCCAACAUGGGACAGAAGCUUGAAAUACUCAUUAAAGACACUCUAGGCCUCCCAGUGGCUGGACAGACAUCUGAAUUUGUUAACCAAGUGUUAGAGAAGACUGCAGAAGGCAAUCCCACUGGAGGCCUCGUGGGACUAAGGAUACCAACGUCAAAAGUGUAA